CCCCCACAAAGCCCUUCGCUUUAUUCAAUCACUCCCCACUUCAGACCCGCCUAUGCGGCUCUCCCAGUGGGGGAAUUAUCCCAAGCGGACAAGCACUUCCCAAGAUUUGCAUAGCAUGUGUGCCAGUGAGCCGCAAAGAGAGGUUUAAAGCACUAGCAUAGUGAGCGUGGCAGAUUCUAGCUCAUAGUUGACGAAUAGCCGCCUAGCAUGAGACGUGAAAACGAGCGAUACAGCAUAUGUAAGGCCAAUGGGCACUAUUUGAGGGGAGAUGGUGGACCAUGUGGCCGCUGUGCAGCUGCAGACUGGCUGCAUAAGCAUAAACUGCAUCUUUUAUUUGCUAACGGCAGGAAAGACAAGGUCGUGCUCACCACUACACUCAAGAGAGCGGCCAAGAGCAAGCCAGGUCAUGCGUUGCUAGUAUCUUUUUUCUUGCAGCACACCCUCUCCUUUGCACAAAAAGUGGGGAGGAGACACUUUGUUGCCUGCACGACGUACAUUGCAGAAAGAGUGGGAGAUCAAAGGAGAGGGAGUGCUUGGAUGUGCCUCUUGGCAUUUGAAGCAUGUACAUGCAUCAUGCAUAUUGGUUGGUCACUUGCCUGGUCACCCGGCCAUCUGUCCGCAUGCUGCCCCAUACAUCGCUGGUACCCACUCUCCGCCCCGCAAUGUCCGUACAUGUGUUUGCAUUUAUUGGAGGCAUUGGUGCUCGACAAAGAGCAGGCACGACUCUGGCCUUUUCACUGCUAUUCAGCAGUAGUCACUACAAUCCAAUGCGUGGUUUAAUGGUGUUGCUUGAACACAGGCCAAGGCAUACAUUGGCAACCAGUCCAUCCAUAUCGAUUACCAGACACAUCUGUGCGUCAUGGCUAUCAUGAUGUAGUAUAUCGGUCCUCGCAACCUUCUCCAUUGGUCAUAUAUUGUUUUUGGUAUUGUAUGCGAGUUUCGAUAUUUCACCAUAGGCGAUUACAGGCUCGUCUUGUG